AUGGCCAAAUGCUACCUUGCAGUGGAAUCAGGAGAAGAGAUUUAUUAUCAAGAUUUCACAAGUUUGUAUCCAACGAUCAACAAAUAUGGCACGUAUCCGACAGGUCAUCCACAAAUCUUGGUCAAUCCAGAGAGUCAAAACAUCGAUGACUACUUUGGUUUAGCUAAAGUAAGUAUCUUAGCCGCGGAAAAAGUGUUUCAUCCAGAACUUCCAGGCAAAAUGAAUGGCAAACUGAUGUUUCCAUAGUGCAGAAAAUGUGUGGAAGAACAAUUAGAUUGUCCAUGGCAUAAACGAACGAACCUUUGUCCACAUAGUGAUGCAGAACGAACACUUCACGGUACAUGGUGUACUGAAGAGCUAAAGAAGGCAGUCGAGAUAGGUUACAAGAUUAUGAAAAUCCAUGAAGUCUGGCAUUUCCCCAAAGACCAAAGGAAAGAGGGCUUAUCUGCCCCCUAUGUGAAUUCAUGGCUCAAAUACAAAACCGAAGCGAGUGGGUGGCCAAAACAUUGUGAAACCCAAGAACAGAAAGAACAGUAUGUCGAAGACUUUGAGGCUAAAGAAGGAAUCAAACUGGAGAACAUUCAGAAAAACCCUGGACGGAAACGAGUGGCAAAAUCGAUGUUAAAUUCGUAG